GACACAAUCCCAACUUUCCCCCUCUUCCCGGCCAAAACUUGAAUUUCUAACAUCGAAUCCGUUUAUCUGUAAAAGACAACAUAUACGAUGUCAAGCAAUAUUGAGAUAUUAGAUCGAGAUCAGCAACCCUGCAGUAAUGGCGAGCUCCAGAGCCUGAUCAAAUCCAUGUCCGACGGCCAGCUCCUGAAUCAGAUUUAUGAAACCCAUCUUCCUCCUAUCCAAAUUUUUGAUCCUACUUCUCUUUUCAGUCACAUCAAAGAAGUACUUUACCUCGCAACCCAUAUUGUCGACAAUGCUUUACAGGGUACUCAAGACCUGGAGAACCUGGAGGUACAAGAGUCUUGGAAUAUGGCAGGCAUGUACAAUCAUCUAUCGUGCACACUCGAGCAAAUUUCCUCUGAGCUCGCAGUCAAGGCUCCCGAUGGGGCAAGCGAACUCAGAGAAACAUCAAUGUCGAUACUUAAGAAUGUCUCAAGCUAUUCAUGGGCAGCAAAGGCAGUGCUGACACUUGCAGCAUUUGCUUUGGACUAUGGAGAUUUCUGGAACCUUUCACGGUUACAGUACUCAUUGGACCAACUAGCAAAAGCAGUGGGAAUCGAAAAAGUACUUGUACAAGAUCCUCCCUUAAAGCGCCCAGACCUUCCAAAAUGGGAGAAAGAGAUUGGUGAGGUUAGCAAUCUGAUCAAGGAAACGUUGGAAGUAAUCGAAUUCAUUGUUGAGUUGGAAAGGCUAUCUAACUUGGCAGAUAUCCACGGAAAUAUACUUGCAUUGACAACUGCCAAGGAUUGUAUCCGACUACAUGCUUAUUGGGCUAUCAUAACUGUUGUUGCUUGCACGACUCAGAUGUUUUAUCUCAGUAGCGAUAAUAACGACAAGGAAGUACUGGAACUAUCGCCCUUGACUCAGAAAAUGGACCUCACCCUCAACUUAUUAAAGAAGAACAUAAAGGAUUGCCAUCAACAAAUAGAGGAAGUGAAGAAAUAUCAGCAAGAGGAGGAGGAAGUUCCGGAAAUACCUAAGAAAAUCCUGGAGGGUUUCAAGGCGAUGAUUUUUGCCGAGGAGAAUUUGCAGCCAGUACUUACCGACGGUUCUACCAACAAAAUGCUGAGUUUGGACGUGCUGAAAGGGAAGAAUAUUCUAUUAUUCAUUUCGGACAUAGACAUAUCCGUUGAAGAAAUCUCAAUUUUGAAGCCAAUUUAUGACGGAACAAGGACAGACGACCAAUAUAAAAUUGUAUGGAUCCCAAUGGUGGAGCAGUGGACCGAUGAUACGCAGACCAAAUUUGAGAUUCUACAGUCCAACAUACCAUGGUACAUUAUUCAGCACUUUUCAAAAGUAAUAGACAUCGGCCAUGACUCCUUCAGUACACAGGGGUGGAACUUGAAAAAUGAGCCUAUCGUCGUGAAUAUAAACCCGCAAGGUGAGGUGGAACACCCAAAUGCUGUCCGCAUGAUUCGGCUAUGGCGAAUGAAUUCCUUCCCAUUCACCAUCACAGCUGAAAAAGCGCUAAUACCUCCAGUCCCCCGGAAGCCUAGAUUUCGACAGCUUACAGUAAACAUCAGACAAACAGGACCGUGGAGCGUGAAUCUGGAUGAGGAGGAAUAUCGUUUUUUCUAUGGAUUCACCAACAUCAGGUGGAAGCAACAAUUUAUUCGUCAUAUGACUAUUAUCUUUCAUGAUUCGACCAUAAAGGACUCAGAAACUCGCAUAAAGUGGUAUUGGAUUGGAGAAUGUACCAAAAAGGAGGAUGUACAGAAACUUGUGAGUGGGAAGCAUGAUCCUAAAAAAAUCCUCCUUCCCUUUAAAUCUGAUAGUGGAUGGGUUGAGCUCCGGAAAGGUCCUGACACAAUAAUAUUAGGCGAUAAAGGGACGACAAUUCUGAAGGUUUUGGAGAAGUUUAAGGACUGGAAAGGGUUCUUGAAUGAAUUUGGCUUGGAUCAUUGUUUCAGGGAUUGCCAUAUCAAGCUUCAAAAGGCGCUUCCACCAAAUUGACAUCACAAUCACUGUUGGAAAGAUCCUAGAGCAUAUGAAAUGUCUCUAGCUUGUCUUUUAUGGACAUGAAUAAAUCUAUUUGUCAUUAGCAUGCUAUUAAGAUAUUAUGAAAGUUUAAUAUGCAAUAUUGCAAUAAAAAUCAUCUUGAUUCUGUUGGUUGUUGAGCAUAUGGAGCCUGGUUGGAUCGCUCGAGCGAACACAAGUUAGAGAGUUCGCUCAAAGAUAGCUCGACAGACCACUCGAGCAAAGACAAGUCUGAGAGUUCGCUCGACACUGCUCGACACAUGGCUUGAGCGAACACAAGUCAGAGAGUUCGCUUCGAAGAGCCGCUUGACACAUGGCUCAAGCAGUUGCGGGAAACAGGUUUGCUCAAUGCGGGCUCGACAUGCCGCUCGAGCGAACUUCACUAAUUCUAUUUUGAUUAGGGUUUCCGCUGCAUGUCAUAUAUAUGGUGUUGUUAUUUGGCUUGUACUGUGUAGCGUGAACAGUAGCCGUCCAAAACAAUUGUAUUGUGAUUCCUCAAGAA